UGGCAUAUACAUGCAGAGCGAGCUAUUCAUUCAAUCUAUGGUGAACUAACAUUGACCUCCAUUCAAGUUAAUUUCCAAUCUCCAUCUCAACUUCAACCUCAUCACACCAACACCACCGCCAACAAGACCGAAAACACCAAACAACACCAAAAUGUCCCUCCCGCGCCUCCUCCCCCGACCACCAACCCUCCGCCUCACCACCCGCCGUCCCCAAUCCCUCAUCCCUCACCACCACCACCACCAACACACCCGCCUCAUCCAAGCCGCCCCCGCAACCUCCGCCAUCGAAACCCCCUCCACGCUCCCCUCCUACCAACAACACCCACCCCUACCCCCAACCGCCGCCGCAGCACCCGCAACCGCACCCUCCCUCCCAACCCCCGAAACCCUCAUCACCACGCACCCCCUCUUCCACCGUCUCCGCCUCGACCCCAAAUACAAAGAAUCCCGCCCCCACCUAACCAUGUCCACCGCCCUACAACCCAACCAUUUCGUGGCGGGUACUCUCUCCGGCCCCAACAAAGUCUCCGUCCCGGCGUACAUGUUCACCACCAUCAUUAACCCAACUUCCACCACCAAAUCCACCACCACCACCAACGACACCCCCUCUGACUCGCGCCCCCGCGCCCAAAUCCUCUCCCUCUUCCACAUCGGCCCCCAACUCUGCGGCCACCCGGGCUACGUACACGGGGGCCUCCUCUCCGUGAUGCUGGACGAGACGUUCGCGCGGUGCGUCUCGGAUUCGUUCCCCAGUGGGGUGGGGAUGACGGCGAAUUUGAAUGUGGAUUUUCGGAAGCCCGCGGUGCCGGAUCGGGUGUAUGUGUUGCGGGCGGAGACGGUCAAGGUGGAGGGGAGGAAGGCGUGGGUGGAGGGGGAGAUUCGAGUGAUGCCCGAGGGGAAUGGUGAGGGGGAGGAGGUGGUGGUGGCGGAGGCGAGGGCGUUGUUUGUGGAGCCCAAGUUUGCGGAGGUAAGUUUUUUCUUUUUUUUUUGCUUGCUUGGUUGUUGGUCUGUUGCAUUGUGGUGAUGAUGCUAACGGCGAUUAGAGUAUGGUGCCGCUGUAUCGGGGUUAAGAAUGUGAGAUGGUUGGGAAGGAAUGGAUAGAUGGAUGGAUGUCGGAAUCAUGCGCAAUACCCUCAUUUUGAUAGAAUAGACCUAUGCAAUCAACAGAUAGAUACAUCAGCAGACUAAUAGACUCACUGGCCCCGGAUACACUGGCAUUUCUAUCUAAAUGAAUC